AUGAACAUGUCCAGGCAACAGCUUCCCAGAGGCAACAAACUUUUGCUGCCAAAAAUCGAGUACGCAAGAAUGGUUGAAGCGGAACCGGUUAACGGGCAAAAGCCAAACACUAGUUCGGGAACAGAAAAGAACAAUGGGGAAUUAGAAGUUGCAGAAAAGGUUCCACUGUUAAAUAACGACUACAAUACAGGUUCUUUUACGCGCUUUUCUGUCCUGCCUCCAAUUAAUGACAGCGUCCGCAACGCGAGGAGGUUGAGUCGGUUCCGGCGAAUUUCUGGCGCGUUCGUGUCAGCGAAUGGGCCGAGUCCGACUUCAAACCACGAACUUGCAAACAAAAAAGGCGACAAUAACAAAUCACAUAAAUACGCAGGGUUCUCCAGUGUGGCUGUUCAACAGCGAAGAGCUUCAGCUGUAGAUCACGAACGUAUACAAAGUCUUCAAGUCGUUGGUAAACCUUAUUCGAGAGAGGAAUAUGAUAUUACAACUACCCUAUCGAUUCAUGGCAAGCUUAACGCAAAGAGCCCUCGAAGAUCUUUUAGUAGUCCUAUGCCAACAGACACCAGUGAUUCCAAUUGCAGUGCUUGUAAAACGCUUUUAGCACGGCGGCGUUCGAAAACCGAGGGUGCAAUGCACAGUGGAAACCCCGAGAGCGUGCAAACAUACCAAGUUGCUCAUACGUGCAAUAAAAAUAAAGUGUAUACGGAACAUAUUUUAAAGAGGUUCAACUCGGAGGAGCUGUAUUUGCGCAAUGACAAUAUUGUCUCGGAACAAAACAAAACUGUUGCACCGUCUUCUCGAAGAGGAAAAAAAUCGGCAAAAUUAAUCUCCAAACCCGAAAUAACAAUAAAUUUAAAGACAACAAAUUUGGCAGUUUCCGAUGGAAGGAGGCCUGUUAGCAGAUGUGAAAUUAGCUUAGAUGUAAACGACGCGACUCAACAACUGCAAUUGGUAACAGAUCGAGAAAAGAAGCAGGCUUAUUCUCAAAAACGAAAUUUCAAUCCACCGUUAAUACAAAUUGAUAACAUGGACACGGAGGUCCCCGGGAAACAAAAUGAAGAAACGCCUUCAGCACCGGGAAUCCCACAAAUUCAAAUUUUAAUCGAUUCGCUGGAGAACGCUAAAGAAGAACGUCCUAAAGAGGGGAGAGAAGUUCCUUACACUUCGGUCAGAGAGCAAAGAAGACGAUCUGCUCUCUGCCGAACUAAUUCCAAACAAGUAGACGAUUUUCUUCUUGUUCAUAAUCUACGUGAUCUGGGCUUACUUUAA